AAUAAGGGACCUCCUGCCGGAAACACUCUAAGAAAACAAAUUACCUUUUUACCUAAAUAUCAUCUGAAUAUAACGCCAAAAAAUGAAAGAACCAUUACUAUAAACUUAGUUUUACAAAAUCUAUGCUAUUUGUCUGAAAAUAUAGAACACUUAUCUGCUGGCGAGACACACAAAACUUACAUUAUAGUAGGCGAUUCGGAUAAUGAUUUGUUAUUGUUAACUUCUUUCAAAGACAAAGAUCUGAUAAAGAUUUACGGUGGAAGCAUCACGUACGAAAUUACUAGGAAACGCAACUGCGAACAUAAAAUCUUCGUUCACUGCGUUAGUUCAAACUUCGUUGGCAUUGACGCACAAUGUGAAUUUACGUUUAAAGAUUUAGAAACUCCACUCUUUACAAAUAUUCCGACAAACACGAAAAAGGUAUGUCAGAAGCAAACGUGUAUAACAGAUGUAUUUAAAGAGUGUAAGAGAAAAAAUGAAAAUAGUCCAAAUAAUCCACAACACAAAGACAAAAGGAAACGUGACAGUACUAUUGUUAAGAAGUUCAACGAGCUUAAAGAACCUUUUAAUGAAACAUUCGAUACAUUAAAUAAAAAUAUCAGGCAGACUAAUAUGGGAACUGAAAUCUCUAAUGAAACUACAUUGCAUAAAAUCUCACCUGCAAACAAUACACAAAUUCUUGAUAUAAAUGGCGGGAAGAAUAAUACGAAUAACUUAAGUGAAAAUAGCAUAGUCAAUUCAACGGAACCAUUACUUAAUCUAGAAGAUAGCGAUGAAGAAUAUAUAAACGAUGACAAACUAAACAGCAUAUUAGAUAAUAUUGAAAGUGAAAUUUCCCAGAUGAAUAAAAUACGGAAAACCCAAAUGUCAACUUCGAAAACGGUUCCAGGUGUAAUUCUAAGCACCAAUGAUCCAACGAAAGAAUUACCUGUUUUCAAUAGUUCUCAAAUGAAUUUGCACAAAAUAGAUAUUAAUCGGCAAUUUAAUGGUAAAUUAAGAAGCGAUUUAGAAACGUAUGCCAAUAUGCAGAAAACACGUAAAGCAAAAAAUUUAAAAAGUAAUUAUAGUUUUAUCGAUGUAUUGGAGAAAAAUGAUGCAACAAUAAAUGAACAAGAGAAUAAUAUGAUUGAUAAUGCUACUGGAUUCUCUAGUGCAAUUAAAUCUAAUAUUGAUAAGUACCUAGAGACGAUUCAACACAGUUCAAAAGAUUCUGACAAUACUAUUAACCAGAUAUUACAAAAUACAAACAAUUGUAAUCUUGCAAGUGAAAAUAUGGCUGAUAAUGCUACUGGAUUCUCUAGUGCAAUUAAAUCUAAUAUUGAUAAGUACCUAGAGACGAUUCAACACAGUUCAAAAGAUUCUGACAAUGCUAUUAACCAGAUAUUACAAAAUACAAACAAUUGCAAUCUUGCAAGUGAAAAUAUGGCGCAACAACACAACCAAGACGAUACAAGUAAGAGGUGUCAUAGUUCAGAUCGAUAUUAUAAUUUAAAUAUCCCACAUUCCAGUAACGCAGAAAUAUCCGUGGAUAUUCAUAAUUUGGAUGAUAUCGUACACGAAAGUAUUCCUGAAAAGAAACUAAAUAUUGAAUCACUCCAUACAGACAACGAACUUUCUGCAAAAUUCAGAACUAUUGAAUCAAAGAACUUAAUAAAUAACAAUACUUUAAUGAAUACUUUACAAAGUAAAACUUCAUUAAUAGCAAAUGCAACUGACUGCCACAAUGAUCAAAAUAUUUUAAAAUCGGAAUCGAAUAUUUAUGAUACAAACAUUAACAAUAGUUUUAUUAAUCGGAUAGAUAAUAACAGUAAUUAUGAAAGCAACAACAACCUGGUGACACAAGACAGCGAUAAUACUGAACCAUUAGAACAUGAAGAACAAAGACUAAAUGAAGACAGAUUCACUAAACCGAAACAACACACAGAUUUUUUUGAUUCAAGUGAAAUUAAUCAAUUAUCAAGAAAGUUGUUUAAAAUUGAAAAAUACGCUCGGAUGACAGACUGUAUUAGAUUCACUGCCACCAGCGUGAGUGUUAGGUCAUCAAAAAAUUUUGUUCAUAUUAUAAAAAAGUUGAAAGUAAAUUUAGACAUAUCGAAAACUAUGCUUACAAAUAAAAUGAUCAAUAAAGACACUAUUCCUAUAACAAGUGACCAAUUCACUAAAACUGAUGAUAUUCUCAGCAUGAAAGAACCUGAAAUAGCCACUAACGCUUUACUGCCUAGUGUAUAUAAAGCAAUAGAACAAACAACCGAACCUAUUAGCACUAAUAAUUAUAAAGAUUUAGAACAUCUACAAAUAAGUCAGGAUGAAAGCAAUGAAAUAGAAAAUAUUUCGAAUGAAUAUGGUAACACAACGCCUAAAUGUUUCACAUAUGUACCUAAAGAAACACCAAUGAUGUCUACAUUUGAUAAUCUUAAAGAAACAGCAUGUGACGAUGGUCCGUUAAACAACAGUGGACAUAUUACAGAAGUUAAUAAAAUCAGCAUAGAUAACAGUAUCAAUAAAGAUUUAACUGACUUGACUACUAAUAAUUCAAAACAAAUAAGCGAAUCUGAUUAUAUUAUAGAAUGUGACCAAAAUAAGAUGUCUGCACAAAAAUGCGAAGGCAACAAAGUUGCUGAUAUUUUGAAAAAAUAUUCAACUCUCUUACGUAACAACGGUACUGUAUAUAACGUUAACCAAGACUUGAAUAAGGCCAUAACUUCAUCACAAAAAAUCAAUAGACAGGAAACAAAGCCUGAUAGGCCAUUUAAAAUAAGUGACAUCCAAAAUCUAGACAUAGAUUUACCCCAGGGACUUAUAAAUGAAAUAUCUGCAGAUACUAAUAAAUAUGCCUCAAGAUUUUCUAUUAGGACCAGCACACCUCAAUAUGAGGAAAAAUGUGCAGAUGUACAAACAUUCACUCGUUUAAACUGCGCAGAAGAAAUAGAACACCCAAUACAAGUAAAAGAAAUGGAGAAAAACAUUUUUGAAAAUGCGGAUAACGAAUUACAAUGGGUCCCUGAAUAUUGCCUAGAACAAACAUCAGAUUUCAAUAUUCAUGAAUCAAUGUUUGACCCUAAAACUAUAUUGCAGUGUUUAGAUAACGAUAACAACGACGCAAUAAUCGCUCCACCUCCGGAAUUCUGUGAUGAAGUAGAUGACAACUGUAUCAAAGAAAUAUCUACGAUCACUUUAGACAAUGAAAGCAACUUUGAUAUAUUUCCAAAUGAAGGAAAUUUAGAACUUUUACCAUGUAAGGAAAUAGAAUCUCGGGUGGUAUUUCCCAAAAUGAACUAUAAUAGCUGCGCAGAUAUGAAUUUAAUACACAUUAGUUCUACUAUCAACCGAAAUCAAUCAACAACAAAUGAAAGAUUACAUAUCCCUACAUUUUCAAGACGUAACAAAUUAAAUAAGUUUAAAUUUUCUCAAAAAAAUAAAAUGAAAAAAUGAAUGUAAU